UUUCCUGUUUGCCAGAGUCAGGAACGGCAAUGGCGGCGUUUGGAGGCGGCGGAGGGAAGGGGGCGACCCCGGCCCUGGCGGUGGGGCCUGCUUCCCCUCCUCUCGCUCCCGGUCCGGGCCGGUGCGAGGCUCCUCGGGGAGGGACGCUGAACAUCUUGACGCAGCUCCGGAGGGCGCAGCUGAGCGGCCGAGGCCUGACUCGAGGGCCGCAGAUUACAGAAGCAUUGUUAAAGGAAAGAGAUAAACAAGCAAAAUGGAAUGGCAUUCCGUUGCUCCUACAAAAGCUGUAUGAAAAUAGCCAUCCCAACAGUGAUUUUUCCCAGUGCCAAAGCAUCUUAAAGGAGAUUUCUCCCCUCCUUUCAAUGGAAGCCAUGGCAUUUGUUACAGAAGAAAGAAAAACUGCUCAAGAAUCCACUUUUCCAAAUACAUACACAUUUGACUUGUUUGGAGGAGUUGAUCUACUGGUAGAGAUACUUAUGAGGCCAACUCUUAUUACACAGAAGAAAAAACAGAAAAUAAGUGAUGACCUCAUCAAGGAUUGUUUAAGCAUAUUGUACAACACUUGCAUAUGUACUGAAGGAGUCACUAAACGAUUGGCAGAAAGGAAUGAUUUUGUGUUGUUUUUGUUUACAUUAAUGACAAACAAAAAGACAUUCCUGCAAACAGCCACUCUUAUUGAAGACAUCCUGGGAGUGAAAAAGGAAAUGAUUCAACUGGAGGAUAUUCCAAAUCUCUCCAGUCUGGUUUCUAGCUUUGAUCAACAGCAACUUGCAAAUUUCUGCAGGAUCCUUGCAGUUACAAUUUCAGAGCUUGACACAGGCAGUGAUGAUAAACAUACACUACUAGCAAAAAAUGCUCAACAGAAGAAAAGCUUGGGUCCUUCUCGGGCUGAAAUUAAUCAAGCUACACUUCUAAAUAUACCAGGCUUCAUUGAACGAUUGUGUAAACUAGCAACCAGAAAAGUUUCAGAAACAACAGGAACUUCCAGUUUUCUUCAAGAAUUAGAAGAGUGGUACACCUGGCUAGAUAAUGCACUUGUCCUCGAUGCACUAAUGCGUGUGGCAGAUGAAGAGACAGAGCAAAGCAGCACAGAAUCUUCAGAUGAGAGUGGGUUUGCCAACCCCUCUACAAGGAAUCAGCUUCCGCAAUCUAUGAAGAUCAUGCAUGAGAUCAUGUAUAAGCUGGAAGUUUUGUAUGUUCUCUGUGUACUUUUAAUGGGCAGACAAAGGAAUCAGGUUCACAAAAUGAUUGCGGAGUUCAGAUUGAUCCCUGGCCUUAACAAUUUGUUUGAUAAAUUGAUCUGGCGGAAACAUUCAGCAUCAGCUCUUGUUCUACAUGGGCAUAAUCAAAACUGUGACUGUAGUCCAGAUAUUACCCUGAAGAUCCAGUUUUUGAGAUUGCUUCAGAGUUUUAGUGAUCAUCAUGAGAACAAAUACUUGCUUUUAAACAGCCAAGAGCUAAAUGAACUGAGUGCGAUCUCUCUCAAAGCCAACAUUCCUGAAGUAGAGGCAGUUGUGAACACAGACAGAAGUUUAGUUUGUGAUGGAAAAAGAGGCUUGCUAACCAGACUGCUUCAGGUAAUGAAGAAGGAACCAGCAGAAUCUUCAUUUAGGUUUUGGCAAGCAAGGGCAGUUGAAAGCUUCUUACGAGGUGCUACUUCCUAUGCCGACCAGAUGUUCCUGCUAAAGAGAGGGCUCCUAGAGCAUAUUCUCUACUGCAUUGUUGACAGCGAGUGCAAGUCACGAGAUGUGCUUCAGAGUUACUUUGACCUACUGGGCGAACUGAUGAAAUUUAACAUAGAUGCUUUUAAGAGGUUCAAUAAAUACAUUAAUACAGAUGAAAAGUUUCAGAUAUUUUUGAAUCAGAUCAACAGUUCACUGGUGGAUUCCAACAUGCUAGUUCGCUGUAUUACUUUAUCCCUAGAUCGAUUUGAGAGCCAGUCAGAUAUUAAAGUUGCAGAAGUCUUGUCUGAGUGCCGCCUGUUAUCAUAUAUGUCACAGAUGUCCAUGAGGAUGUCCUUCCUUUUUCGGCUCAUUAAUAUUAUUCAUGUACAGACACUCACACAGGAAAAUGUAAGUUGUCUGAACACAAGUCUAGUUAUCUUAAUGCUGGCCCGAAGGAAAGACAAGUUGCCAUUCUAUCUGCGUACGCUCCAAGAGAUGGAAUACACGAAGAAAUAUCCUGGCUUCAUCCUGAAUAAUUUUCACAGUCUUCUGCGUUUCUGGCAACAGCAUUACCUCAAUAAGGACAAGGAUAGCACCUGCUUAGAAAAUAGUUCAUGUAUUAGUUUUUCCUACUGGAAAGAGACUGUAUCUAUACUGCUUAGCCCAGACCGGACAUCACCUUGUGCCAUAGUUAGCUACAUUGAUGAGGCAUACAUGGACAUUGACAGAGACUUCACUGAGGAGUGAUUCUUCAGUUUCUGACUUCCAGUGGACUGUGCUUCAGAGGGAAUCUUGCAGACAACGGAUUUUCAGGGAUAUGCUAUGUGCACAAGCUUAGACAUAUGGGGUGUCACCAUGUUAAAAGUUUUUUCUCCACUCCAUCCCCCACCCCAGCUCUGUUUGGAAGAGCAGGACUUCACAAACUUCCAGGGCAACAUAUUCAGGGACACUCAUGUGCUGUGAGAAAUUGUCUGCAAAAAAAAAAAAGUCCAGCUUUUUUUCCUGCUCGUAAUGGCUAGAACUCCGUGAGCCUGAUAGAUGGGAUCCAUCAGAUGUGCAGUGAUUAGCUGUGGCUUUCCUGCCUGAUUACCAGAAUAAGAUGUUAAAAGUACAAACAGUUUUCUGGACAAUUCAGACAAGCCAGUUUUGUGGUAUGAUACAUACCAAGUGCACACCAGCUGUAUUUAAGCCAUCUUGAAAGUUUUUUUCCAUUCUUCUUCCUUUGCAUUGGGAUUUUGAGCUGCUUGUUUAUGGGUUUUGUUUUAAACUUCAUGAUGGAAGUGGCUGUCUGAGCCUCAGCAUACUACUUUGGAAUUGUUUCUUUCCUACAAAACUGUACCCAAACAGCCUUUUUUACUGUACUAUGGUACUGCAUACAGAAGUACCUCUCUCUCUCCAAUGGAAUUUUUUUUUUUGUUUCCAGUUGAGUUUACAGUAGAGUGGGCAUACAUUAUGGUGAUAGUUUUAAUCUAAAAGCCUAGCUUUGACUAGGUACUAACAAACUGAAACUUAACUUUUUCUAAAUGCUGCAGCCUGACCAUUUUGUCAAUAAAGAAUCUAUAGAAAUGUAAACCUUCCUACCAAAUUCCUGCUUUAAUGGAACAUAAAAUCUGCUCUUGAACAGUCAUGCUAAUCUUCAGUCUGGGGACCUAGUAACACAGCCUACAAUUAUUAAAUUAACACCUUUAUUCUGAUGAAUGUAUUUUAUGUUCCUGAAGCAUAAUAGUUAUUGGAACUUUCCAUACUUCUGUUGAUACCUGUAUUAGAUGCUGCAUGUUGUACUUUAUAUGGGAUGAGGUAUUCAGCAAAACCUGAGCUGAUUUUUGAAGUCAGAAACUUUCUGGAAUGAACAUUUCAUUGCAAUACUGUGCUAAAACACUUUAUAGGGUUUAUGAAACAUUAUCAAUUCUAUCUUCCCCUGUUUUGAAUUAUUCUGAUCAUCCCUUAAUCUGUACAUAAUGUGUAGUUCUGGAACAUAUUAUAUACUGCAGAAUAUAUCCCUGUAAAGCCUUGUGUUAGAAUGGUAAGUCCUUGUGGUAUUUUUCUUCUGACACAAAGCAUUUCUCUAAAUUAAAAUUAAGUGGCAGAAUCACUUCUUAGUUACAUCAGCAAUUUCCAGGCAUCCACAUAAAGCUAGCAGUGUCUAGGACUGAAGAUUACUUGACUUGCUAUUUUGCCUCGUCUUGCAUUCUUUCCGACAUCUUAUUUAGGGUAUAACUUUUGGUGGAGAAACAUGGUUGUUCAGCCACAGAUAUUGUCUUCAUUACUGGAGUAUUUACUAGGGGUGGGGGGAAUAAAGGCUCUCACUUCCAAUAUAAAUUAUAUAGUAGUAUUCCCUAUCACACAGGUCUAGUUGCUCUUUCAUUUAAAGAGUACAACUGGCUGUGCAUUUAUUAGUAGAACAAGACUGCACUUUAUUAAGACUAAGUCCAUGUCUUUUUUUUUCCUUUUUGAAAAUUAAAGUGGAAUCCUGGGAGCAAAUCAUGUAUUUGCUGUAUAGUAGUAGACAGCUGCAUGCUUGAAAAAAUCUCAAUGAUACAUUGAUGUUUUCUUCUUGAGAGGUGCUUUGGUUUUUACUAUACUGCCUUUUCAAUUCCACAUGCUCUUGUAGAUGUUACUCAAGAGUCAAAACGUUUGAACAACUGAAUGCAUGUGUCUCCCUCUUGUGCUGAUUCUGUGACAGCAAUACCCAUGCACUUCAAAGUAACUGUUGUGUAUUAAAAAAGAAAUUAAUUUGGACUUUAUUAAUAGCAAUUAUUACAGCUAAAUAGCACUGCCACAAAUCUGCAGUCUACAUCAGUAUGUCUUUCUUUGCCAUUGAAUGGUCAGGCUGCUUUUUUCCUUUAUAAAUCUGGCUUGAGUGAGACUGAUCUCACUAGUGAAAAUUCUUCAACUGCUCCUGGGACAACUUGGGGGUUUCAGCCAUCAUGGUCUUUGUUUCCGAAUUACUGGUGGAGGCAAUUCUGAGGGGUUGAGUUGAAUUUUUGGCUCUGUCUACAUUCUUUGCCUUCAGGUUCCUGUGAGGGAAUCAGUGCACCUAAGCUUUCCUGCUACAGCAGAAACUUCUCUGCAGAUGUUUAUAGAGACUGCGGGGAGGGGCUUGUACAAAACACCUAUUGGUUCAGGAUUUGUUCCAAUGAUUUAUACUUGCCUGUAGCUUAAAAAAUUGAAGAGGUCACUAGUGGCUGUGUGUUGGAGUUGGCUUGGAUUUGUAAUCACUAAAGCAAUGGAACUGAUGUGUGACAAAAGGUGGAGCCUACCAGGCCAGCAAAUGUUCCCCGAAUUUUUAAGUAUUUUAGAUGAAUUAAUGUUCAUGCUGCCCAGAUUAAUGCUGAUUUACUAACAGCACAUAAAUGUAUUAAAUGGAACCUAUUAAAAGAAUUUUAUUUUAAAAAUA